UGGAAUUAACGCAGUUUCCUCUCUCUUCAAAGUGUAUGCUACAGGUAUGAUUUACGACGCGAAUCUAUAAAUAUGAGAGGAACCGCGCGACCAGCAUCCUCGCAUUUUUUUUUUACAUCUGGACCGUAUAAGAUGAGCUGAACAUGGACAUGUACACUGAAGUUAAUGGAUUUUCACUCGGUGCUGCUAGGAGAAUCAUUUGACAAGUGCGCUGCAUCCUCACCGGGCUAUGAUUCAAUUUGGGAAUAUCUGACAUGGCAAGGACAACAUCCAUCCUCACAGAAAUCAUGCUUUUCAACAUGCUGGUAUUAAUUCUCCUCCAAGCUGUGUUGUCAUCCCACGCCUCCCUCACAUCCGAGGUCAUCCCCGGGUCUCUGCCAGCCUCCAGCAGUGCGUUUGGCUCCGGGAGGUCUUCAGGUUCACCGCUGUCUGAAGCAGCGGAGGCAAAGUCGAGACCUAAGCGCUGUACCUGCUAUUCUUACAAGGAUAAAGAGUGCGUCUACUACUGCCACUUGGAUAUAAUCUGGAUCAACACUCCCCAACGCACUGUGCCCUAUGGAAUGUCGAGCUACAGAGGAUCUCAGCGAGUCAGACGGGCUGUCACUGGACAAGCAACUGAGCGUGAGGGGGCAAAGACUCAGCGCUGCAUUUGUGCUGUGCUUGAUGCAGACCCUGAGUGCCAAGAUUUCUGCCUUCCAAGCCGCAUGCAGACAGUGCCCGUCAAGAGUCUCCACAGAGUCCCUGGUGCCGGAUGACAGCUUGAGGCCUCUCCAUCGUCAUUCUUCUUCUUGGAGGAAUGGACCCUUCCCUUAUCUUCGCACCCUUCACUCUCCAUUUGCCACUCUUGCCUCCACAGGUUAACACUUAAGGAAAACACUUUGGAGUUUAACAAUGCAGACAUUCCUAAGCGUCACAACUCUUGGAGCAAGUUCCAUCAGGUUAAAGUGGUUUCAAGUUCUCUUCAGCAUAUUCAAUACUGGUCCCUCGAGGCGAUCCCCUCUUUGUUACCUACUGAGAGCAGAAGGAGAAUUGCUUUCACACUGAUAUAAUAGCCAAUGACCUUGCUUCUGUCAAGCUUGAUAAGACAAAACCUUUGUUUCCAUACCUGUUAGUGUUGAGGACUACACUUGACUCUUUCUCUUUCAACAGAAUGAGAUAAGCUUGUAUCAACCUAUAAGGGGACAACAAAGACAUCUCUACAACAAUGUUGGAAGACAAUAGUGCCACAAGGAACGUCGUUGCACAAGUAGGGGCAAUACAUGAUGUUGUGAUUUCUUGUCCUUUGAAAUAUUGAAACACAGCAACGGAAAUAAGAGGAACGCUUUUGGCCAGCCCCAGCUACGGGGCAUAUUACUGAGCUUGAUUUAUGGAACUAUCUGCAGUCAGUCUGGAAAGCAUUCACACCCUGACAGUUUGCAUACUUUGCUCUCAACACUACUUUCAACAAUAAUAUAUCAUUUGUCCUCUUUACAACUGAACUGUCAGACAUAUUCACUGUGCUUUACCUUAUUUCCACUGGUGUACUGUGUAGGAACUGUUUUAGUUUAAGCUGUAGUGUCCUUUAAAGUAUAUUCAACCGUUCAUUAUUGAAUCCAGCCCAAAGGAGUCCAAAAACCUUUUGUUCCAAUGUAACGAAUCACAAGACAGGGAGACAUAUCCUUUAGCUGUUGCAUGAAGUGGUGGAUUACUUGUAUGUUAAAGAGUAAGAGACAUUACUCUGUUCUUCUCAAACUGUCUACAGACUAAACCAGCAAUGAAUUGGUUGUAAUAAUAAGGAUUGCCUGUGUAAUCAAGACCUGAUAUAUCUGAAUUGUCUGUGCAUAUUAAGCUAUAAAAUGCAAUAAUUAUUUGCACUUUUUGACCCGUUCCGACAUCACAAUGAACAGUAUAUUAAGUAUAUUAAGAAAAAGGUUCUGAAAUUAUUAAAAGUACAAUUAUUCAAGGCAAAAAAAUGCCCCCAUCCUCGACUGUUAUACUGGAAUAUAUCUUAUUAUUAGAUAACUAUUAUUCAUGCAUUUAUGUAAAAGCAGUAUUUUUACUGUUUUAGUUGGUUGAGGUAGAUCACAUUCGUUGUAACUAUUUAUAGGACUGCAACUAAUGAUUAUUUACAUUAUGGAUUAAUCUGCAGAUUAUUUUUAUGAAUAAUCGACUUGUUUCAGAUGUACUUGUAUAUACUGUUGGGUAGAUUAAUUUAUAACAGAACCUCUUUUAUAAGCUCUUCCUAUGUUUUUUAUGCAAAAUGGGGAUUAUAAUAAUAUAUACUACUGUAUAAUUCAAAGGUAAUUCUUUGGCUAAAAAAUAAAUGGCAACAAAUGUCAAUGUAUACAAUAGUGAAA